AUCACUCAAGCCAUACUGGAUAAUACGGAAGAAAUAGCUUCGAAAUAACACCCCAAAAAAAGUCUUAUCCAAUGACAAUCGCUCAUCCUCUUUGCUUCUCUGCCUGCUGCUCCCAUUUCUCAAUCAAAUAUAAACUCAGGUCAUCCUCUUCCUCAUCAACAACAAUAUCGCAACUUUCUUCCACUCCCAAUCAGAAAACCGGCGUCAUAGUAAUCGGCGCCGGACUCGGCGGUUUAGCAGCCGCAAACCGUCUCCACUCCGAGAACAUUCCCUUCCUCCUCUUGGAAGCUUCUGAUGGAGUCGGUGGCCGUGUCAGAACCGACGUGGUAGACGGAUUUCUCCUUGACAGAGGCUUCCAAAUUUUUAUCACUGCAUAUCCUGAGGCUCAGAAACUCCUUAAUUAUCAGCAGCUGGAAUUGCAGAAAUUUUACUCAGGUGCUAAGGUUUACUCUGACGAUGGCCAAUUCUACACUGUGGCUGAUCCUUUACACCAUUUCUGGGACGCUGUGAAUUCGCUGACAAAUCCAAUUGGCUCCAUUUUCGAUAAAUUACUUAUCGGAUCUACUCGACUUCAGGUAGUGGGAAAAUCGGAUAGCGAAAUAUUUUCUGCUCAGGAAGUUCCCACUAUAGAAUUGCUGAAAAACAUUGGUUUUUCAGAUUCGAUAAUUACCAGGUUUUUUAGGCCGUUUUUCGGCGGAAUAUUCUUCGACAGGGAGCUUCAAACGACGUCCAGAUUGUUCGAUUUUGUAUUUAAAUGUCUUGCUCUCGGGGAUAAUACGCUACCCGCUAAAGGAAUUGAAGCUAUUCCUAAUCAAUUAGCCGCAAAACUGCCUCCUGAUUCUAUUCGUUUGAAUACAAGAGUUAGUUCAAUUGAUUUUAAAAAUGCAAACCCAAUUGUCAAAUUGGAAAACGGUGAAAAUUUAGAGAGUGAAUUUGGAGUGAUUUUAGCUGUAGAAGAACCUGAGGCAGACAAGCUUUUGGCGGGAAGGAACGUAAAACCGGGUCAGAGAAAACCGUAUCGGAGUACAGUUUGUAUGUAUUUCUCGGCUGAUUUGGAUAAGAUUCCGGUUAAGGACCCGGUUCUGUUCUUGAAUGGUUCGGGCAAGGGGAUAGUAAACAACAUGUUUUUCGCGACCAAUGUGGCUGCUUCGUAUGGUCCAGCUGGAAAGGCAUUAGUAUCAGUAUCCUUGAUUGGAUUGUUCGAGGAUGUUUCGGAUGAUGAUUUAAGGGCUGAGAUUGUCGGGGAGUUAUCGGGUUGGUUUGGGAGUUCGAUUGUGGAGUCAUGGAAGUAUUUGAGAACGUAUCGGAUACGAUAUGCGCAACCGAAUCAAUGUGUUCCAAGUGGGUUGAUGAAAAAAUAUGGGGUCGGUUCGGGUUUGUAUUUGUGCGGUGAUUAUAUGACGAGUGCUACUUUUGAUGGUGCUUUGGUCUCUGGAAGAAAAGCUGCGGAAGCUUUAUUAGCUGAUAGAGCCUCAACGCUAGUUUAAAUACCUCAUUUUUCAAAGAGAAUGUCACAUAUGUUUUAUGAUUGGUAUUGUGUUCGUGUUUGCAUUUUUUCUUGUAUGAUAAAUCAAUUUCUUAUUAAUUUCUGAUAAAAUUAUAACA